GUUCAUGUUUGCAUGGAGGUACAGAAGGACACACACACACACACACACACACACACACACACACACACACACACACACACACACACACACACACACACACACACACACACACACACACACACACACACACACACACACACACGUAGAUACGUUCACGCACACAAACACAUAGAUAUGCACUUGGACGCACGCACAAAAACACACACACACACACACACACACACACACACACACACACACACACACACACACACACACACACACACACACACACACACACACACACACACACACACCCAGUAGAAGUGUGGCCCACCAGUCGCUCAACAGAAAACGAGACUCUACUUCGACCGGCGCGAGGUUGCCACAUGCCGCCGCCUCUCCACGCCACCGCCACGGCCCUCUGACAGGGUGGUGACCGGGGCACGUCCCUUACGCCUCCCUCUGUGGGCGUGGGUCAUGGGGCGUCAGGAUGAGAGGGCGUAUGGGAGAUUGAUCGCGGGCGUGGGCAGGGAGGAGGAGCCAGAGGAGAAGAAGGGGCGGGAACUGUGGUAAGGGAAUGUUCAGUCGUGGGGAGAGAGGAGGCGGGUCGCGUCGGGGGCUGGCGGGAGGUGGGGGUGACUCCUGGUGGCCUGGCGGUGCUGAACUCUCUAGUCGGUGGCGCACGCUGCCCGUGGACUGGUGUGUGUGUGCCGCGCGUCCUCCUGCCUGCUCCGGGACUGGCCUUCCUCGCUAUCUCCUUCAAGGGGCCACGUGUGGAAACUGGCACCAGAGCGAUGCCAGGUCGGAGUUAGUGAGUGAAACAGCGGACCAGUAAUGACUUAGUUUGCUGGCAGUUGCCAGUCUCCACUAUGUAACUGUGUUGCGUGCCCAUCGCCGGCCGGCCGCAACACAGGGUUCUGGUGUGCCCAUGGCAUGUGUGCCCUGGGGGCGGGUGCCGGCCCAGCCUGACCUGGGCUGCCCUGGGUCCUGUCCGGCGCAAUAAAUUACCCCAGAAGACAUGGACGGCCUGAAAGGCGUCAAGUCUGCUGCUCUGGGCGGGUCCGGGGCGGGGCUUGGGGCGGGGAUGGGCGCAGGACCGGGGUCUUACCUGGCCAGUAUGGAGACGCUCUUGGGAGACUACAUGGAGCGGCUCGGGACGCGCCUUAAUGUGCUGAGACGGAACUGCGUUACGCCUGGCGUGCCCUCGACAUGCUCUCGCAGGAAUAUGUCAAAAUGUGGGAACGACUAGAGAAGCUGGAAAUCCUGCUGUACGAACAGCAGGCCGUCAUUGCGCAGCUCCUUGAGUUCUACACCGCCUUUGAUCUGCAGGCUCUUCUAGCUGAGAAGGAGGACCCAGCGCUUCCCGUCGAUGCUGCCGCUGCCGCCGUCGCCGCUGCAGCAGUUUCAGCCCCAGUCGCCACCGCUGCCCCAACAGACGACAACUCCGAGAACCGCCUCCCGGACGAAGCCUUCUACCGCAGCCUGAACAACGCGCACCGCGACAACUUGUCGCAAGUACCAGAGGCAACAGACCAGGAACUGGCUAGGAUAUGGAAUUUAGAUGGUACUGAGAAGGACACAGACGCUCCCGACGCUAGGAAGAAAGAGAAGGAACGGGAGAAAGAAAACGAGAAGGAUGAAGUGUACACUGCAGAUGACUAUAAGGACUACCGAGGGGAGAGCAUCAAUGAGCACGGUCUGCAGGAGCUGAGGAAAUUCACAACGCUGGACAAAGUUGCUCUUGGAAAGCUGAAAGAGCUAGAUGCUCUGAGCGCCAAGCUGCUAAAAGACUCUCAGAACUUGCGCGACUUGCGAGAGAGAUUAAUUUCUUCAUCACCCAAAUUGGGUUCACCUACCUCCACCUCCCCUAGACCUCCCCCUAAACCCGAGGCUGCGGCGAGUACCGCCUCAGUCACCAUCACUCAACAGGUAGACAACAAGAUGGCGGAAUCUGUUGUCGACGUCAAGUUGCGCCAGAUGUACCUGGACUCCAACCUCGAGGAGUGGAACCUGGGACCGAAGGUGAGUGAGCCCCAGCGCAGCCGCCCUAACUCCCAGCUCUCCACUGAUAGCAACGCCACGGACUCUGAGAUCAUGGCGGCGCUUGGGAUAAAAUCAUCAGGUUCUGUGAUUGGUUCACCUCGACACAGCACCCACGCCAAGGUGCCAUCACCCCUUGCUCUGACAGAGCCUGGUCCAGGAGGAGCCAGCAAAGACGCCCUUGCGAUGACUGACUUUAGCAUGAUGGGACGCAAGACCCCUGACCCACUUGCAUCAGGUGAUAAGGCCCUUGGCACUGCUUCUCCCACUUUCUUCUCAGCAUCCAGUGAGAAAAUGAGAUCUUCUUCACCGUUUGGGGCCUCUAGAACUCGCCAGGAUGGCUACAUCAGUUCCCCACGAUCUGUAGCCCAAAGGAUGCCACACCGCGCAACAAGAAGAUCUCUCUCACUCCCACAGGUUUGGAGCCUGGCUCCAGUGGAAAGAGACCCUCCACACCGUCGUUCGUGACGAAAGAGCUGGGCCAUAGUCCAAGGGCUACCCCACGUCUCAUGAGUCCUAAGAGCCCUAAGAGUCCAAAGAGUCCUAAAUCUCCCCGGACGGUGAAAACUCCCUCUCCCAUCCGGUAUUCUGAGAUGGGCAAG